UCCGCCCAUACAGGAAGUAAAAAUCUGACUCAAGGACCCUGGGAAAAAGAUAUCGCUUCUCUCUCCCUCCUCAAACACAAAUGGUUCACUCGACUUAACUUAUAGUUUGAAUGGCGAAUGUUGACGCAUUUGUAUUUGCAUUGACGGAUUUUUUUAUUUUAUUUUUUUAUGUGGUAGGUCGGCGUAUGUGUUAAAACAAGUGUUAUAAUGAGUGUUGGAAAUACAGUUAAUGGGAAUCACUAGGACCAUUGUGCAGCUUUUAAGCGUUGUUCGUCCGAGAUCGUCUAACGUUACAGCAUAUAGCACGACGAUGUCAAGACAAAUCCAUGCGCGCAGAGUCGAAGGUGUGGAUAAAAAUGUUUGGGUCGAAUUCACACAACUUGCUGCAGACUACAAGGCUGUAAACCUUGGACAGGGAUUUCCUGAUUUCUCCCCUCCCAAGUUUGUCCAGGAGGCUUUCUGUUCAGCUGUAAUGGGAGGACCUCAAAUGCACCAAUACACCCGUGCCUUUGGUCACCCACACCUUGUUAAAAGUCUGGCCACAUUUUUUACCAGGAUUAUGGGUCAUGAAAUCAACCCUUUUGAGGACAUCCUUGUCACAGUUGGAGCUUAUCAAGCACUGUUUUGUGCCUUUCAAGCACUGGUUGAUGAAGGGGAUGAAGUCAUAAUUGUAGAACCUUUCUUUGACUGCUAUCAGCCAAUGGUCCGGAUGGCUGGUGGAAAACCUGUAUAUGUACCUUUGAGACCUAGAAGUGAAGAUAAAAUAGUUUUAUCUAGUGCGGACUGGGUUCUUUCAACUGAAGAACUGGCUAGUAAAAUUACUCCACGUACUAAAGCGAUUGUUAUUAAUACACCCAAUAAUCCUUUAGGCAAGGUAUAUAAAAGGGAAGAACUUCAAGAGAUUGCUGACCUGUGCAUCAAAAAUGAUAUUCUGUGUAUCAGUGAUGAGGUAUACGAGUGGCUGACAUAUGAUGGAGCUAAGCAUGUUAAGAUUUCUAGCCUUCCUGGUAUGUGGGAAAGAACCAUAACUGUUGGCAGUGCUGGAAAGACUUUCAGUGCUACUGGAUGGAAGGUUGGAUGGGCCAUUGGUUCAGAUCACAUUAUCAAACACAUGAAAACACUGCAUCAGAACUCUGUGUAUCACUGUGCAACUGCUGCCCAGGAGGCUGUCGCUUGUGGAUUUGACAGAGAAUAUGAAGUCUUUGAAACUCCAGAGAGCUACUUUCAGCAGCUUCCUGCAAUACUGCAUCACAAGAGAAAAAAGUUAGCCAUGUGCCUUGAAAGUGUGGGUUUGAAGCCCAUCAUGCCGGAGGGAGGUUAUUUUAUGGUUGUUGACGUCUCUACUCUUGGUGUAGACCUUAAAGAUCAAGACUCACAAGACGAAGAAUAUGAUUUUAAAUUUGUCAAAUGGUUAAUUCGGGAAAAGGGUUUGGCCACUAUCCCAGUGUCAGCAUUUUACAGUCCAGAACACCAAAAAGACUUCAAUAAAUAUAUUCGAUUUUGUUUCGUCAAGGAGGACUCAACUCUAGAUGCAGCAGAAGAUAUACUGAGAAAGUGGAGCUCUACAAACUUUGAUUUUGAUUUAAGUGAUGACCGAGAAGUGACAGAAGCUCACGUUGUUUUGGAUAUGUCUGCUUCUAAUACACCGAAGAAACCCUUGAAUCGUCAGGAGCAGGGCCACGUUAACUGGAAGAAAAGAAAAGCAGAACUUAAAGCGACUCUUAAACAAAAGAAACAUGCCAAGAUGGUCAAAAGGUUGGAGAAAGAAAAACAGAAAGAAGCAGCUCAAAAAGAAAUAUUUGAACAGAACAAAAACAAUAAUGGUCGGCAAUACACGGUGAGCGUGGCUUUACCUGGGUCAGUUCUGGACAAUGCUCAGUCAGCAGAACUUCGUACAUACCUGGCUGGGCAGAUCGCUCGGGCAUGUGUGGUCUUUUGUGUGGAUGAAAUAAUAGUCUUUGAUGAACAAGGGGAAGAUGUAAAAAGUGUGGAAGGUGAAUUCAAAGGUGUUGGAAAGAAAGGACAAGCCUGUAUUCAGCUUGCAAGAAUACUUCAAUACUUAGAAUGCCCUCAAUAUCUCCGCAAGUGGUUCUUUCCUAAACAUCAGGAUUUACAAUAUGCAGGAUUACUUAACCCACUAGACAGCCCUCACCACAUGAGAAUAGACGAAGAAUCCAGAUACAGAGAAGGAAUAGUUCUUGACCGACCAACCAAACAAGGAAAAGGUUCCUUUGUAAACUGUGGAAUGAGAAGGGAUGUUCGCAUUGACAAACCAUUGCAGUCAGGUCUCCGAGUCACAGUACACCUCAAUAAAACCCAGAGUGAAGAAAGCAAAGUGUACAAAGGUAUUGUGGUGGCUCCUCACGUGCCAAGGACAGAAGAUGGGCUCUACUGGGGUUACACAGUUCGUCUUGCAUCUUGCCUGAGUGCUGUAUUUACAGAAAGUCCAUACAAGGAUGGAUAUGAUCUUACUAUAGGCACAUCUGAGAGAGGAAGUCACUUGGACCAGACAUCUCUAACACCUUUUAACCAUCUAUUGGUUGUUUUUGGUGGUCUUCAAGGAUUAGAAGCAAGUUUAGAUGCUGACCAAAUCUUGGAUGUUACUGACCCCAGUGUUUUAUUUGAUCUCUACCUGAACACAUGUCCUGGCCAGGGCAGCAGGACCAUACGAACAGAGGAGGCUAUGUUAAUUUCAAUGGCAGGCCUUAGACCAAAGAUUAUUGCCGCUUUCUCAAAUAAUUCUAAUGAGUCACUAAAUGGACACUGACAAAAUUAAAACAUAUUUGAAUACA